AUGGUUGCCAAAUACACUGUAGGACACACUCCACAUCAAAAGCAGACACAAUCACUUUUGAUUACCAUUAUACGCAGCUUAGCUGACGCAUCUUCACACUCAUCCAAGUCAUAUAAACCCUAAUUCCUAAUCAAAGCAUCUUUUGCAUUAAUUCUUACAUAUAAUAUAAACAAAUUAACAGAAGCCGCCAUGAAAGGAAAAGUACAAGCAACGACUUGAAGCCAAUUUAAUGCAUGGAUAGAAAAAGGAAAAAGAUAAAGUGAAAAAGGAGGCAUUGCAUUGGACAUAUCCUUCUUUUCCAGGAAUUCCAAGAUCAACCCUAGCAUGGUUGUAAAUGUUCUAUAAAGGGCGUGGCUUCAACAUCCUAUAUAUAUCUGAAGUUGCGAAAAGCGGCACAGCAUCCAAUAUAUACUUUGAUUCUCUUGGAUGAUAACUUGGCCCUAGCAAAGCUUACCUCAUAUAUCUAUCAAAUGGCUAAUAUGCAAAUUGUUCCAGCUUCCAAGAAUGUGGAGGCACAGUAUGUGGAGAUGAUGGUCCCUCUGUAUUCCUAUGGGUGUGAGAGGAAAGUGAAGAAGACUCUAUCCCAUCUCAAAGGAAUUUAUUCAGUAAAUGUAGAUUACUAUCAACAGAAGGUGACGGUGUGGGGAAUAUGCAACAAAUAUGAUGUGUUAGCAACCAUGAAAAGCAAGAGAAAAGAAGCUCGUUUUUGGAAUCCAGAAGACAGCAUUGUUGAUCAAAUGGAAGAAUCACAGGCACAACCCACUAAUAAGGAGGGCUCUAAGCCUUCUUCUUUAGGACUAAUGAAGGCUCGCUCUCUAAGCUGGAAGGCUUGGAGAAAGGUCUUCACUAGAUCACUUUCCUUGUAAUUAAAUAAAAGAAAUUAAAUUUGUACAUAAAAUGAACUCAUUGUUCAAUCAUUUCGGCCAAGUAAUCUGGUGCUUGUUCCCAUUAUACAGAGAAGCAGCAGCUUUCCCUUUUUUCUC